CAGGAAAAUAUAAAUUUUAUUAAAAUAAGAAAACAUAAAAUUGCGCCUUAUCAAUAUGGUUAUCGGGACCAUAUUAGUGACUGGCGCUUCGGUGACAGCGAGCAUAUUUGUAGUUCAAGUGGCUGUGUUACCUCUACUUUUUAAAUACAGCAAGUCAGUUCAAAGGAAAAUGGUGUUUUCUAAUUGCAUCAAUUAUCCAAGGAACUUGGAUUAUGAGAACCCGUCAAGUUGUAACGUUGUCGGAGGGAGAUAUUUCAAUAUCUCGUUCCAGUCUGCUGUCGAUUCCUGUCCUAUCAAACUCGGAGCCUGGCACAUAGUUCCGUGUUCAAUGUUUCGCGAGGUGUUUGUGAUUCGUGACUACCUGUCAGUGGACGCUCGUCUGCAUCAGGAACUGAAGCGGACACAGAAUACAGUCGUACUUUAUUGUCAUGGGAAUUCAAACCACCGUGCUUCGCCCCACAGACUACAAAUGUACAAAGUGUUCCAAGAAUUAAAUUUCCAUGUGAUUACAUUCGACUAUAGAGGAUACGGUGACUCCACGCAUGUGAGGCCGACGGAGCGAGGAGUGGUGGAAGAUGCCCUGGCGAUGUACGCCUGGCUGGUAGACUCACUUAAUGAAAAGGACAGACCACCUGUUAUUGUAUGGGGACACUCUUUAGGGACGGCAGUAGCAGCAAAUAUGGCGGCCAACCUGUCAGAUCUCUGUCGCAGUCAAGGUCGUGCUCAGCUGCCGUUACCAGACGCAGUAGUGCUCGAGGCGGCGUUCAAUAACCUUACAGACGAGAUCGAGAGCCAUCCCUUUUCUAAGUUUGUAUCCUGGCUGCCCUACUACAAGGACACCUUCGUGAAACCAUUCACCGCAUCAUCAGAAUACACGUUCACCACUGACCAGUACCUCUGUCGCGUGCCAAAUUUACCUAUCCUCAUGCUGCACUCCAAGGGAGACAAGAUUGUACCCUUCAAUUUAGCUGUUAAGUUACAUGCAAAAGUAGGUGAAUCCCGAAAGAAGUCGGAUGCUCCGCUAGUAUUCCAUGCAUUUGAGCGGGGUUUGGGGCUGGGACACAAUAAUCUAUGCGAAGCACCGGAGCUGAAAAAUGUCGUGGAACAAUUUCUGAUACAAGUCAAGGAGUCCAAGUCCAAGCCUAGAACAAUAAAAUCUUUACUACAUACCUAGUGUUAGAGAGCAUGUUCUUAAAUUAAAUAAAUUG